GCUUCUAUCACAUGACUCGACGUCCUCCCGUGAGUGAAUAACAACAUCACUGAAUCGGCAGUUGUAUUUCGACUAGCUUAAACUCACACGGGUGCUUUUAUACCGUCGGUUGUGUUACGUUGUUGUUUUUGUCAUGAAACUCCAGUGUGUAGUCGUAGCCCUGUGCUUGGGCGCGAGCGUAAUGGCUGGAAAAUACUCUCGUGAAGUGAACGAGCAGAUGCCGACUGACAGUGAUGGGAAGACGGUGGAGUUCAGGAUAGCUAAGCUAAACCAAGUGUGGGAGAAGGCUAAAAGGGUAAGUACAACAACGAAUUAGUAUGUUUACAGUUUAAUAAAGUAGAGAUGAAACAGCUGUUGGUAGCUGCACGAGCACGACCUCACUAACAGACAUAACAACAAUGCAGACCAACAGUUAUGCGCACCUUAAAGGGAUAUUCCGGCGUAAAAUUAAUUUAGGGUCAAACACACCGUAACACCGAGUUAGACACCUCCUCCAGAGAUGAAUGUUGCAGACCCCUUGCUUCUGUAGUUACACCAACUCAUUUACUUUCUUCCAGCAGCCGUUUGUGUGUAGCGAGACCUCGGGCCAGUCCAUUAUGGACUACAGCGGGGUGACGCAGCUCAAGGAAGAACAUUUCUUCAUGGAAAUGCAAUCAGACCGAGACGCUAAGGCAGAAGAACUACCGCGUCUGCAGUGCAAAAUGAUUAAUAUGAUGAUUAUUACUUUAAGAAAUCAUCAUAAUGGACUGGCCUGGGGUCUCGCUACAAACAAGCAAUUGCUGGAAGAGAGUAAGUGAGUUGUGUUUAGUAUCUUUGCUAAAGAAAUCAGGCAAAGCUAAAAAGAUGUUUGGUGGCUAGUACUAUGGCUUGGACCCUAUAUGUCCUGUUGAUGAAGGUAGGUGCUGUUCUGAGCAUUAUUUGUGGCUAUAGAGUGGCGUUUUGGUUGAGGAGACGUAGACCACUGUGUAUUGCUAUCAUGGGGUUAUUACUAAAGUUGGUAUAACUAGAGUGUAGGAGCCAAAAUAUAUUUGUUGAAAGUUUUAUUUCUAUAGGUACGUCACUUCCGGGGAUCGUCACUGAGGGGUGUGUUUUUGGGAUGUUUGGUGGGUUAUUUAAAUCUCACAGGUGUAGUCAGACAAGGAGUUUGGUAAGCUCUGAUAAUGUUCUGUUGACGGUUUUUCAUCGUCUGUCAUCGUCUGUCAUCGUUUUCACCGUUUUACUCAUCCUGUUUUAACCUCAUUUCAGCAUAUCACUUUUUUCAUUUGUAGGCAAAGGUCUGGACUUGGAUCAGCGUGUUUUCUUUCCUUAUUUGAACAAUAAAUUACUUUCUUAACACUCAAACUGGACUGAUAAUUGAACGUGUCACAGAUACAUGCAAACCUAAACCCUAGCAGCCUUUUUGUUGAAGGCAAGCAGUCGCUACAUAGAGAAGCAAGCGGUCUGCAACAUUCAUCUCUCCAGGGGGUGUCUAACUCGGUGUCACGGUGUGUUUAACCCUAAAUAAAUUAUAGAUAGAUAGAUAGAUAUGCCGUAAAUCGUAAAUCCAGUGCUCUGGGAGACAGUGGCGCCCCUAUGGAUGUCCAGCACCCAUUAGCCUAUAUUGUAUAUGCCACAGACUGGCUUUAAUGGUUUGGAUAGUCCCCAGUUCAGUGUCAUAGCACUGAGGGAGAUCGAUGAUACAAUCCCUCUAACCUUUUUCACUUCCCUGUGUUAUUCAUCACUUUGAGGCGUUGGCUGCAGCUCAGUUGAGCAAUCAUCGCUCUAAGUGCUGGUUUCAGUUUUGCUGUACUCCUAGUGUUCUUCAUUUACCCUUUACCCUUUACCCUGUGCUCAAACCGCCUCUCUCCCUGUUUCAAACAAUUGAUUUCUGUUUUGUUUGUUUCAUUAGAUGCAGUUGUCUCCAGUGCGGCAAGCAGAGCUGCACAGCGACUUGAAGAUUCAGGAAAAAGAUGAACUGCAGUGGAAGAAGCUGAAGGUUGAGGGGCUUGAUGAAAGUGGAGAGAAAGAGGCCCAGCUCAGACGCAAUUUUAAUGGUGAGACAUCUCUGCCUUCAGAAAUGGUUAAAACACGCUCUCACUCUCACUUUGUGCUGAAAUCUCUGUAGAGGCACUGUGCCCUGAAUAUCUGAUCAGACGGUUAAUCAAUAGUUUUUUGUGUGAAACCAAAUUGAAGCGAGAGUUAUCCCAGGACACUUAAAGACCAGGUCUAUAAAGCAUUCCUCAAAGUAUUGAGAGACAGUCACCCCAGAUCCACAACAAGCGAGCUCUGGAAAAUAAAGGCAGGGGAAAACCUCGUAGCAGGCAAAAGUCGGCAUCAUAAACAAAGUCACUGGUGAUCAGCCAACUGGACAGGCCCUGAAAGUGGAAUAUAAGGGGGAGAGAAAUAUGGAGACUGAGUGUCAUAUGGAGGAUUUCUACUCUGAUCUGACCUUAUAUAACCCUGAAGUUUCACACAAGAAGUGUGUUCGGACUGCAAAUGUGAGCCGUACCCGUCAUGUCCAUCUCAUGAGAUGACGAUAAGGUCAAUAGAGGGCUCGUCAUUUUUUAUUUUGGUAGCAUGAAAACACUUCAAGAAUGCGGUGGAAGCAUUUUUUGGCUUGUCAAGAAAGUAAAAAAUUUGAGACUAUAAAACAAAAUAGUUUUAUGUCAUACUGUCAAAUAGGGCCGGGCGAUAAACCAAAAAUUUACUGAUAGCAAAAUUUGCGACAAUAACCAACGUCAUUUUGCCCAUGUCAAUAUAUUCAGUGUCAAAAAUGAAUAAAUAAAUAAAAGUUGGUUUUGGAUGUGUGUAGGUAAACUAUGGUCUCAUGUCCCUUUAAGACAUUGUCCUACAUCAGAGACGUGACUCCACCCCAUCCAGUCGGUAUCAAAGAGGGAAAGACAGGUGAGGAGAUGGAGGACGGUUCAAAAGUUGUAACGGCUGAAGUAGACGAAGUUAAUGUGGGAGCAGCUUGUGGAGUAGUUAUCGUCCAUUUAUCGAUAUCAAGGUGAACUGUUCAAUAUAUCAUGAUAUUGAUUUGAGGCCAUAUCGCCCAGCCCUAGCUAUAUAACCCUGAAGUGUCACAUAAGAAGUGUGUUUGGACGGCAGAUGAGAGCCGUACCCGUCACGUCCAUCUCAUGAGAUGACAAUCAGGUCAACAGCAUGAAAACACUUUGAGAAUGUGGUUGAAGCAUUUUAUUUGGUUGUCGAGAAAGUAAAAAAUAUGAGACUACAAACCAAAAUAAUUUGAAGUUAUACCGUCAAACUGAUUUUUAUUAUUCUCACAGGAAGGAUUUUUGACAAGGAUAUUUCAUGUGCCUUCGUAACACAACCCCACAGCUUACUGUACAACAGUAUACAAAGCAGAGCAAGCAUUUAUGAUUGGUGGUUUACCUGCCUGAUCUCUCUUGUCACUCCACCUGCUACAACUAGGGUAUCUUUGCUUUAGGAUGCUGUUUGCUAUUACAGUAAUAAUGAAGGACACAUACAGCUAGACAGUAGAAUCUCAUUACCAGUUUAAGUUGCAAGCAGUGAUUAACAAGCCCUUGAACUUUCGUGUCCAUUUGGGAGUGAAGCAUGAUUCUUAGAUUGUGGAGCAGUCAGAGAGUUUGUUGCUGUUGUGGCAUUAAAAAUUAACGAAAAGCAACAAAAAUGGCUCUGCAGCUGCAUGUUUUCAUCGAAACAUGAAUUGUGAGCACACUUGGCUUGUCAUGCAAUCCAGAGCUCUUAAAAUGAUUUUUAACCAUGCAAAAACAUGAAGUGAUUUAAAGGUUUACCAUUCCCAGAGGCCCUGAUACUGCUUUGAUAGGAGAGGAUUUAAGGAAAAGCAGGAAAACCAGGGGAGCGGCACUUGAUGUCACUGAUCUGAUGCUGCAGUUUUAGAGGUAAUUGAAACUUAGAGUACCAGAGUUAAAUAAAAGAGAGAAAACAAAUGCAAAUUUUAUUGUGUACAAGACCAAGAGAGCUUCAGAGUCUGCCAAGCUGUUUCAAGAGAUUCCAAACUGGCCUCACUAAAGCUUCAAUGUAGCAUCAGUGGUUAAAAAGUGACACCAACGUGCUAUUAAAAGACGGCCAUGGUGCUGAAUCAGCUGCUGAAGUAACAGUUUACGAGACACAAUAAUAAACCUCUUCAGAGCAAAGUCCAACCCUGAAAAGUUGUGUAGCUCUCCGAUUGGGCCAAACUGCUAAUAUGUCGAUGCUCACAGUAUGUUGAGAAAAAGUUACAGAUCACCUUAAUCUGUGGAGGCCUCAUCACUAGAAGUUUGUCUUUUGUUUUUGUCCUUGUCUGUCGAGGACUGCUGCCAAGUUUAGGUUUAGUCAGUUGAAUGUUUAGGUGUUUGGAAAAGCCCUUAGAUCAUCUUUUUUACAAUUCUUACUCUUAUUAAUCCUUAUCUUAUUUGUAUGUGGAUGCUUAUGAUUGGAUGUUUCUGAUAAAGGCCACAUGCUCAAAAGCGCCAGUCUUAAAAUAAAGUAGUUUUUUUUACGACUGGAUUUCCAACCCUUUCAGACUCCUCUUCCUUCUCCUUGCUCCAUGGAAGUAGAUGAAGUUGUGCCAGAAUCCUCCACUCUACUUCUCAAAUAUGUCUAUUGGUCACUUGAGGUCAAUUUCAUGUCAAAUAAUUUCCUCUAUGUAGGGCUGGGCGAUAUGGCCUCAAAUCAAUAUCACGAUGUAUUGAGCAGUUCACCUCAAUAACUAUUCUACAAGCUGCUCACCCCCUCCCACAUUAAAGUUGUCUACUUCUUUGCUGCCACAACUUUUGAAUCCUCCUCCAUCUCCUCACCUGUCUUUCCCUCUUUAUUACAAACUGGAGUCAAGUCUCUGAUGUAGGACAGCGUCUUAAAGGGACAUGAGACCAUAGCCUACCUACAAAAAUCCAAAACCAACUUUUAUUUAUCUAUUUUUUUUGACACCAAAUAUACCGAUGUGGGCAAAAUUAUGUCUGUUAUUGUCGUAAUUUUUGGUAUCGUUAAAUUUUCGGUUUAUCGUCCAGCCCUACCUCUGUGUCAGUUCCAGUAGUAACCCUUUACUGUCUUAUGUGUCGUAAAUAGCGGCACAAGUUUAAAAGUGCAUGUAUUUCUUUAUACAGUGAUCCUGGCCAAGUAUGGAAUGGACGGGAAAAGAGACACUAGACCACUGGAGAGCAACCAGCUGAAGGACCAUGACGCAAAGGAGGGGGACACUUUUGAUGACCCCCGACUGGACAAACUCUGGAACAAGGUGUUAAUAUCUGCAAACGUUUUAGAAAUAGUGUAAAAACAAGGUAACCUAGCUGCCCCCGCAGUCCAUGAGAGCAGAAGCAGCAACCGGGAAUAACCAUUGCCAAAGAGUUUGUCAUUUUUUUAAUGUAAAAUUAUUCUGUCGCUCUCUUUUUCUUCUGGUGACUGUUUCUCCUCAAGGCCGAGAGCUCUGGGAAGUUCUCCAGUGAGGAGCUGCUGAGCCUGAAGAGGGAGUUCCAACAUCAUAAGGACAAGAUCCACGAGUACAACAUCCUUAUGGACACUGUGAACAGGGUUGAAGGUGAGUGGCUUUGAUCACAUGUAAAGAUUUUGUUACCACUGCCUUUGCAUAGUUUUAACAUUACUCUCUGAGCCCAGGUUUGUGGGCUUUUAAUUCAUUCAACAGAACAUCUUUAACAAAUUAAUAUCAUGAAAGGUCAUUAAAAUUCAAAUUAAAAAAUGAUUUAAAGCUUUUUUAUUUUUUUAAUUUGAAAUGCAAUAUAUUUUAGACUAAUUGCACCGUAACAAUUAAAGUUCUGAGCUUUUUUUCUUUUAAUUUUGCUAUUUUUGGCCUCCAGUUACAAAAAAAAAAUAUCCCCAAAAUAUAUGAUUUGAUUUUAAGUUUUAACUAAAUGACCAUCCCAACAUUACACAUUUAGGACUCGGUGAUUUGGCAAAAAAAAUAAUCACAAUAUAUUUUGUAUUUUUUUAAACUGCCAGUUUUUAAGUAUCUGUUCCAAAAACCUUAAGAAACUAGAGAUUUGUUCAUCAUUUUAUUAACAUACAAAGUAAAUAACAAAGCAAAUUAAAUAAGAUAAACUUAGAAAAAUAUAAAAAAUCUUUUUAACUCAACAGUACAACAAAUGUAGAGAAAUACUUAAUAAUACAGUGAACUACUUUACUGUCCUGAGUGUUUUUGCAGGUAUGUAAGACCCAAAAUAAACAAAUCGCUCCUUUAGGGAUAAUGAUUUAAAAUAUAAACAUUAGAUGAUGUAAACGUAGAUGAUACGAUUGAUUGCUUUGGUCUGGUGGCUGCACCGAUAGUUGUAGCUAAACUGCUGAUGCUACUGGUGCCGUCACUUUGGAGAUACCUGAACCACCGCCACACAACCGACGUUGAAUAACUUUCUUCUCAACAAUGGCAUCUUUGGAGGAUGACUCAAAGUCGAGGCUGACAUCUAUUUUGCUGCCCUCAGCUCUACGUUUAGCUCCACAUUCGGUCAUUCUGUUUACUUCUCUGGCAAAUUAAAGAAGUGAUCAGGAAAAGCUUGACUCUGAUUGGCUGUUGUCACUCACAUUUUCACCAUGUUUUAUCGAGUAAAUAUGCUAACAGCUGAUCACCGUGAUCGAACUGAAAUUUAUCACGAUCAUAUAAUUGCCCAGUUCUAAUACUCUUCGUCUGGAUGAGUACACAACCACAAUCACAGAGGUGACUUCUGACUUGACAGUUGUCUGGGAUGCAAUCGUCAACACCUACAAAGAGGACGAGCCAUAAAAGGUCACUGUUAAAAAGACUUACUGUUUGCAGAUUGAUGUUUCCAAUCAUGUGGAGGGAAACGGCGCGCAAGAAACAGAGAUGACUGCAGUCUUGAGGGGAUUAUAAAUUCAAGUACUUGUGAGAGUUUCACGAGGAGCGGUCGAGUGCUGGUGUUUGUGUAAUCAUCAUUUCACUGUACAUGCAUGAAUUGUUGUUUUGCAUAUGUCGGGCGACUGUAUAGCUUUGAAAUCCUUGGCAUAAUGGGAAGAGGUUGUUUUUUUUAUUCUUAUUCAUUUCUCAAGUGGAGCAGAGCUGUCCUGUCACUCAUUGUGGUGCAAAUUGCUCUGUACUUCAGGUUGCAAUCAGCUUGUGGGAGAACAAUGGUGAUGGUGGUUGAUCGUUAAUAUUCCUCCUUUCGCUGGAACAGGAGAAGAAGAAAAAAAAAAGACCUUUCUUAAAAGAUUUAACGGUCUGUGGUGCCCUCAGAUGGUCAGGGAGGGCGCUCCACUCACGCAGGAAAUUAAAUUAAACCCUCAUUAUGUGGAGUUAAGUCCUAAGGGGGUGGUGGUAGAAGAUGAACGUGGAGCUGAGGUAUUAUGUGGUGGUCUGCAGGGUGAGUAGUUCCCAAAGGUGAGAGAGAGUGUUGCCAUGGUUACACUGGUGCCUAAAGAGAGAGAUUUUGUAUUCAAUCCUGAGUGGGACAGGAAGCCACUGAAGUGAUUGCAGGAUGGCUGUGAUGGAUUGUAUUUGCACAUUUGUGUGACUGUUUAUCUCCGGGUCAAGAUGAUCACGUUUGCACUGAAGCUUAGUGAUGGGAAGAACAGUUCUUUUGACUGUACUGAAUCUUUAGAGUCUGUUCAUUAAAAUGAUUCAUUCAAAAGAUUCGUUCACUGAAUCAGUUAGCGUUUUCGGAGCAGUACAAGAGUGAGUGACACAGCGGCGCUGAUCUGGAGUUUGUUCAUGGGACGAGCCCCUCCCCUGCAGCUGACACAUGUCGUUCACUGGGUGACACAUGUUGUUCAUUCGCCAAGUUGUGGAAAAAGAAUCACUCCCCUACCCUGAAAAACUCACCUCUUUCUGUGCCGCCAACGUUUGCAUCGCGCCACAAGUGAAACGACACAGCAGCAAGCAGCACGCCUGCUAAACAAGCACAAGUCGUCAAAACGGUGCUCAGCAUGUCGUGAGCAAUGCUACGCCCCUCCCUCCUCUGCCUCAAGUUGUUCGGAAGUCAUUCGUUUGGUUCACAGUCUGACUGAUACAUGUCGUUCAUUCGCUGAGACUCCGCCCUCUGGCUCGCUGGCUGGCUGUGUCGUUCACCAAAGAGUCAAAGGCGGCAGUUCCACUCCUGACCAGCACGCCACCACUCUCGUUGCUGAGCUCAACUGGACUGAGAAAGGAACGAAUCGGGUCUUGGAGUGAUUCCUUUCAUGUUCUUCACUCAGUUCUGUUCUUUUUUUUUACAAAUCGUUCAUGAACAACCCAAAACUACUGAAGCUAUUAAACCUGACAGACAAGGACAGUGCACAUCAGUGUUUGCUACCAAAAUAAAAGAACCAAUUAAACCAGGAAAAUAAAUGCGUGACCUUCGUUUCUUAUUUGCACAUCGAAAUGCCACAGGAGGUGAAAACUACGGCUGUGUUACAACAGGAUUGAAAUAAAUUACACGUCUGGCUAAACUGCAUUGUUGAUGCAGAGAUUUAUUACCAGGCUUUUUCUCCCUCCAUUUUUACUGAGUGCCAGAGUGGUUAAAUUAUUGAAAUGGAUGGAAAUCAGCAGCAGAAAGUGAAAUAUAAAUGUAAUAUAUGAGCAGAAUUUAUAUUUGUAUGAGCAGAAUGAAAUAACCUGUGCUUGGUUGUCUAUUGUUUUCCUUCAUCUCUUCCUUCCUUCCGUGACUUAUAAAGUUAUUUUCCCUGUCUCUCCCUCUCCUCCUUAUUUCUCUCAAUUUGUUUCCUCAACAGAAGUACACAAGAAUGUGAUCUCCCCUCUGGAGGGUGAUGUCAAGGAGCAUGUGCUGCACCAGAGGCACACGGACUUGAAGCAGAAAAUGAGAGACCUGAACCAGGGCUUCGAGCGCCUCCGUAAACUCAGCCAUGAGGGCUUCACUGAAGACAGCGGUGAGAGAGAAAUCACACACAAACACACACAAGGCUUUUCAUUGUUCAUUAAUCUCACAAGUUCUGGGUUUAUUGUGAAAAUACCUCACUUACUUUACUUUACUGUAUCUGGCUGGAUGAGCUCUGAUAUACGAAUGUUUUGAUUGCUUUGCAGUUUUAGCAGAUUUAUUUUAGUUUUUCUACUGAAAAAAGUAGUUUUAUUAUUGAUGGAGUAGCAAUACCUGAACAAAUUGGCUGUUGUAUAAUGACAAAGGUGCACAGACAAUAUCUCAACAUCUAUUGUAGUGAUGAAGGACUUCCAGCUGUCUUCUCAGUUCAUUCUGAUUGUGAAAAAAAUAAGGCUCCAUUUUCAUGGACUUAAGUUUCAAUAACACAAAUAUUUGAAUGUGGUUGUUUGGACAAGAGGUCCCCAAGCACGGGGCCUUGAACCAGUUCCAGAUUUGAGGCAGCAAAAACCCUGUCAGAACUAAGAGGGUGUUUGUAUUAAUGUGGAAACGGUCUAAAGAUGAUGGAUCGAAUAAUAAGACAGACUGAAUGUAUAAUUUGAUGGGAAACUUCUGCUCAUGCUCAUGUUUUUAUGUGGUUCCCUCUUUGCGGUGUACAGUUCAGCGAGGCUGUGUCAGCAGCUUAUCAUACCUGUCUCUUUCUAUUACGGUUCUUCUUGUAGAGUUUCAGGAGCCCCGUGUGAUCGAACUCUGGGAGUCCGCCAAGAGAGCCAACCUGAGUGAAGACGAGCUGGACUCUCUUAAGGUAAUCAUAAUACUUGUGACCAGUCUUUGGACCUGACUGGCUGAGAAAACUAUGACAGAGGAUUAGGGUCAAUGGGGGGAAAAUAAAGGUCCAAUAUAUAUUUUUUAUUAUUAUGAGAAAAAAGUCUGAAUUCUACGACGGAGUAUUAAGACCACAUUAAGAAAAAAAAUUAAGACUUUUUAAUGAGAAUAAAGUCGUUAUAAAGUAAUUAUUUACAGGAACAAAGUUGUAAUAAAAUCGUUAUUUAUGAGAUUAAAGUCAGAAUAAAGUCCUUAUGUUCUAACCUGUUGUUUAAGAUAACAUUUGUUGAAAUGAGAGCCAUGGAGCAUUUCGUGAAAAUGUACUUCUAUAUCGGUUUCUCAAAGAAGGUGAUACGUAAUCUUUUGACACAUCAGCACCACAUUAUCAUAAGUAUCAUGAUGAUUUUAUUUAUAUUAUGACUCUCAUAAGUAAUGACUUUAUUACAACUUUAUUCUUCUAAGUAAUUACUUAAUUACGACUUUGUUCUUGCAAGUAAUUACUUUAUUACGAUUUUAUUCUCGUUAGGAAUGACUUCAUUCUCGUAAAUUAAUGACUCUAAUCUCAGAGUCUUUAUUUUUUUUCUCUGUGUGGCCCUGACACUCCGUCGUAGAAUUCUUAUUUUAGAAUAAUAGUUUAAAAAAUAUGUAUUCCAACUUUUUUCAUUUUCCAGUGAUCCUCAUCCUCUUCCGUAGAAAACCGUUCAUACAUAACAAUUUUCUUUUUUAAUUAAAGUAUCGUUGAUUUAACUUAGACAGCUGUCCGUUUGCUACACGUCUUUCCUGCUCACCUAGGAGGAGCUGCGACACUUUGAGACCAAAGUGGAGAAACACAGCCAUUACAAGGAGCAGCUGGAGCUCUCCCACCAGAAGCUGCGGCAUGUGGAGUCUUUGGGAGACAAAGAGCACAUCAAAAGGAACCAGGAAAAGUACAAUGCACUCGCUGAGAAGACCAGGGAGAUGGGUUAUAAGGUAGGGACUCGCUUUGGCUCUCAAACCACACUGCAGUUAUUACAAAGACUGAUAGUUAUCGCAUGGUAAAUAAACACCAGCUGCCAGUCAUUCCUGAUUUUCUGCUGGUAAAAUGAGGUGGUGAUGAUUCAGCCUCUCUACACUGUCCUGACAUUCAUUGUGAAAUAUGUAUGAUAGCAUUCAAGAUCAGAGUUUGUGUUGCAGAUGAAUAGUCAAGUAUUUGUUGUGUUUGAUUUCAGAUGAAGAAACAUAUGCAGGACCUCUCCAACAAGAUCUCUCGUGAUGGACUGCAGCACAAUGAGCUCUGAGAGUUUUUGGAUUAUUUUAUCUGUGGAGGUCGAAUGAACUGAAAUAAGCCCCUCUUCCAGCACGCACUGAGUGUGCGCCGUCCUUCCAUUCCUCUUCAUCUAGAAAAAUUGUCUUUGAUAUACUGAAAAUUAGUUUUUACUCGUUGAUUUGGUAGAAAAUUUCUGAGUGAAUAAAUGAUGGAUUGUUCACACUGAAUACUCGACGUUAUGGAUUAUGUGGAUCAAUAAACUGUCAGUCAGGGUAGAAUAAAAGAUGCGGCGUUAGGAAAAAAUAAUUCACUAUCAUUGAUAAAAUUGUCACAUCAGUUUAUUUUACACUCAGCGUACUAUCAUACUGUUUUUCUCCAGCGUCUCCUCUUUUACCACACAGGGAAUCACCAACAGAAAAUUACAGAUUAGACAAACACCGAACAAUUUAUUCUGAUGAUAGCAAAACGAAGAUGAGAAACUUAAACACCUUAAUUAAUCCAUUUCCUCUCAUAGAGUAGAGGCUGAGACAUCGAUUAUUUUAAUGGAUAAUGUUGUCGCCUCUCUGAUAACUCAGUCCUAUCCUGCUUGGACCACAUGGGUCUGGAUUAAUGUAAUCUGCUCCGAGCUUCAUAAUUUAAUCAACUGCUUUUGCGCUCUGAUGAAGAAUGGUAGUGAAGCAAGCUGGGACCUUUUAGCGGCCGACAGUGACAAAUUGGUGCCAAAAAUGGAGCUUGAUCCCAUUCAGUGAGUUUAUUCUCCUCAACUCAAAGUCAUGAAGUCAAAAGCAGGCCUGCGCUAAUUUCUGAGCAUAAACUGUGAUUUAAAUCAUAACCAAGACGGCUGUUACGGAGCUGACGACCAGAGGAUUGGAUAAUUGGAGGGGUUUUUGUACUCUUACAUGACUUAGCAUAGCAACCCCAACUGGAAAACGGUUUUAGUGCCAUUUUAUUGGAUGCUGCAGGAUCACUCUGAUGGUCCUCAUCCUCUGCUCUCAGGAGGUACUCUUUGCCCUCGACACGCUCUUCCUAAACUCUUUGAGCCGUUUCCAUGGCAGUAAUGUUGAGGUGGGUGUAUCUGACUCUGAUGGAGCCCACCUCUUGUUAGCAGCUUGUGGCCAAAAGGAGAGGAUGCUUAUUUCUUCACCGUUUCAUGUUUCAGCAGCCAUGUUUACAUGGGCAGAAUUUCUUGAUCUGAUAAAAAAUUUGAGGGAUCAGAAAAUCUGAAUCCACUGUUUAUAUGUGCGCAAAAUCAAAUAAUCCGAUUAGAAGCAUUUGGACAUGCGCAGAGUUGUCCGAUUUCACUAAAUCAACUGCAGAAGAAGAGUUGUAUUUACGUCUGUGCUAUCAACAAGCCAACAAACGCUGUAGUGGCUCACUUCAUCCAAGUCAGGAUGUUUCCCCUUUCAAAUGUUGUCACUAGAUGGCGCCCUUGCAUACUUAUUUUACUGUUCUGUCAAAGGUUGCACUGUGCGUACAAAUGUGACAUCAUUACGCUGUUUGUACGCCAUGUUACGUUAUUGGAGGAGCAGACACGGCUACUGCGGUUGUGUUUUAUGCCAGAGUGUUGAUAAUGAAACCUCCUGUACUGACCUCAAUCAAUAAGCUAAAGGCUGAAGAAUGAAGGUUGAGGCAGAUUAGAGAGUCACAAUCGGAAUAAGUGUUUACAUGGACACGUUUCGGAAUAAUGAUCAGCAUAAACCACCACUCCGGAUUGGAAUACAAUUUCUUUCGGGUUGAACCGAAUUGGAUCAGAAUCUUCCAAUCAACAUGUUCACAUGACGCAUUUUUAUUCCAUCGGGACUUUAUUGCGAUUGUUUGUGCCCAUGUAAGCACAGCUAUUAACUUCACAUUGUCAUUUAUAAGCCCACUUACCAAUCAGUUACUGAAAACGGUUAAAUGGAUCAAUGUUAUGAGAUGUAAAAUGAAUAAAGUCACAGUUUUUCUUUA